GUAAUUCAAAAAAAUGGGAAACUAUUUUUCAAUAAAUAUGGAAGAAAAUUUCAAGAAAAAUCAAGAGUUUAUUCAAACAAUAAACAAAAUUAAGAUGGAGAGACAAAUACAAUUGCAAUAUCAAAUGCAAGAACGACAAAUGGCGAUGCAAAUUGCUAAAAAUAGGGACACUUGUCUCUGGCUUACUGUUUUUUCAAUCACUGCAGCUACAGCCUUGUUUACUGGUUCAAGAGGACAUGGCAUAAGUGACUUGUCGCGCGAUAUUUCUACUCUCUCCGAGAAAUUUUAUGAUACAAGGAGAAUCAGCAAUAAUUUUAGGAGGACAAAAAGGGCAUACUUUUUGGUACCUUUAGUACCUCUUACAUUUACCACUCUUUACUACUGGGAUCUCGCUUAUGGAAAUAAAAUGCACCGAAUCAGAAUGGAGGCUGAGCACAUCAUGACACAUGAAGCUGACAUGCUUGAAUGGCCAUGCGGGUUACCGUCACCUUCCUCCAUUGACCUAGGGCGCUUGGAAGACGAAGAGAAGAAAAAGAUCCAUCCACCACUUCUUUAAAUUAGCAACAAGAUAAUGCUCAGGAGUGUGCCUUCACUAUGCUGUAGUGUAGCAGGGGUGGAUUCACACUUUAUUUUGGUACAAAAUAGUUGCACUAUUUGUUAUACUGUGUGUACGGGUUGCAGACAUCUGUAUCUGAUAAAGGCAAUAUCAAUAAGAUUCGUCAUUCAUCGCGUUAUCAGGAAAAUGCAUUUUUGUUUAAGUCGAUUUUAUCAAAAAAUGAUUAGAUUUUGACCAAUAGGAUUGCAUUGUUCUUGUCAUCACUGAUACUAAUGUUUUUUUAAUGAUUGGAUGAUAAAAAGAAGUAUGAUUGUUAAAGCAUUUUACUGGCAUUUCCAAAUUCGUAGUAUUAGAUACUUAAGAAAUAAUUCGGCAUUCCAUUUUGCUUUGGUGUCUAGGGUAUAAGUGUUUUUAUCUCGUAACUAAUUAUCCAAACGGUGUUUUUAAGUAACUUUUAAUUAAAUUUGGAUCCACUCCUUUAACUAGCUCAAAAGUUCACAUCGACGGGAAAAGCUAGAAUCAUGACGUAGAACGCACACUAAUUUGCCAUUUAAAGAAAUACUCUUUGAUAUUUGAUAACGACAAUAUACUAUUUUAAUAUUUAGUAAGUAAAUAACGACAUCCUUAAAAACAACUGAAAAGAUGUGACUAAAAGGAUGGUCCAUAGUUUGCAUUAAGAACAUGAACAGUUCAAGUUCAACUUAAUCUUAUUAAAUUUCGUCAAAUUAAAAGUGUUCAUGUGAUUUGUAAGUCGAGGUGUACUUACCUCGACUUAUGGUUUUAGAACCUAUUUGAAAUUCUAAAAAUUAAUGUUUAACUCAAGUCUCAAUAAUUACGUCAUUUUGAAAUGGUGUUUUCAAAUAAUUGUAGUAUGUACCUAGUUGUUAUUCAUUUCAUGCAUUUUGAAGAUAAUUGCUGCUAAAAUAACUUAUACCAUAUUAAACAGUAAGAUUUUACGGCAAUCAAACUAAAGAUAUUGGUCACAAAGUUAACAAAGAAUCACAAAAAAAUAUAAUAGGUACUUAGUUAAGUCAUCUCAUACAUGCUGCGUGAUUUAGGUGUUGUUUAUUAUUUAUUUUGUUUGAGAUUAAGUACU